CACCAGGCCUUUUAGAUGGACAAACGCGCUUCGAAUACGAGCUUAGAGGCUUGGCUAGGCGAAUUGGCUUCAUCGAAACCUGUGCUGCCCAGACACCCUAAGAAAGUUUCUGUGGACAAGCGGGGAGGGCCGGACGAAACUUUGUCCGCCUGGGGUAAGCCAUGCCAAGGCUAAGACAAUGAGUAGUAUGUAUAGAAAUACAUAUAAAGUGAAGAGCAAGGUUGUUAGCGUUUGGCGAGUCGCAAACAUCGCUAGCCCGUCCUGCGUAGCUCACAUUACUGACUAUUCAUUCACCCGAGAAGAGCACGGAAUGAAGUCGCUCGCUCUGGCCGUGGCCUUCUUCUUCUCUGAGGAUGAGCCGGGCAUCACUGUUACAACCCCAACUCCCAGCCUCCCAACGGCGCCUGCCUGUGCAUCUGUUACGGCGACCCGAGAGCUCUGCACGACUUGCGCCGUCCCUGCCUGCUUGGCCUUGUCCACCAUCACGCAGUCAUGCGGAUGUCCGACCCCCGUCCCGACCAUCUACCUCGACUUCCCCUGCGGCUCGGGAUGUGACAACAUAUGGUGCUCCACUAGCUACGCCAUCGUCACAGCGGCUGGCUGCGUCACGGACGGCCCGAGUCCCACCUCCGGGUCGAGCCUCACCACUUCUGCGCCCAACGCAACCAAGACCACGCAUUCGCCUACCAUCUCAAGCUCUGUCUCUACGGGCGCUGCCAAUAGACCGAGAGUACCGUUCCUGCUAUGGUGAAAAAAGCUUGGGCUGCAUAUAGUGUGAAAACGGCAAGGAGAUGUCCCUGGUGUAUGGGCAGGUCGUAGCACCCAACUCAAUAGGAAACUC